AUGAAGAUAAAAGCCCUCUCACGCUCCCUUGACGCCCAUGCCCCCUCAUCAUCAGGUGCGCCCGCCCCUCAAUCGCGCAACUUGGAUCCAGCGCAGCAUCCCUUUGCGCAGGCGAGGGAGUACACGAGAGCGUUGAAUGCGGUAAAGAUGGAGAGGAUGUUCGCAAAACCAUUCGUUGGAGCAUUGGAGGGGCAUAGUGAUGGGGUUUACGUCGUGGAGAUGGAUAGGACGAGGGGCAAUGUUGUGGCUACAGGGGCAGGGGAUGGUGAGAUCCGUUUGUGGCACCUACCCACACGCUCCCUCCUCCAAUCAAUACCAAAGGCGCACAACAGCAUCAUCCAAUCUCUCUGCCUCUCUCCACUCACCUUUUCAUCCUCCUCGUCCAAUGGGCUGGGCAGUCGCAGGCUUCUCUCAUGCGGGACAGAUCGAACGGUGCAGAUGUGGGAUGCCAAUCCUGAUUCGGGCAGGAUAGAGGCUGCCAUGGAUGACGACGAAGAAGAUGGAGCGAGGGAUGAGGAUGGGACUAUUGGUUGGCUCAAGGACCGCAAGUUAAAGAGGACAGAGCCCCUGUUGACCUGGCACUCCAAAGUUGCCUUCAACUCCCUCACCCACCACGCCUCGUCCCCCAUAUUCGCCUCAGCUUCCACCAGCAUCCAACUCUGGGAUCUCUCACGCGGCCAGUCCUCGUCCUCCUCCUCUUCCUCCUCCUCCUCCUCCGCCCUUCAAACCCUCCGCUGGGGCACGUCCACGGGUUCCUCCUCCGACACCUCCUCAAUAAACGUCGUCCGCUUCAAUCAAUCCGAGCCCGAGCUCCUCGUCGGCUUAGGCUCAGAUCGCGGCGUGAACCUCUACGAUACCCGCACGGGAGGGGCAGUCAAUGGCAUAACGAUGAGCAUGCGAGCAAACGACGCAGCAUGGAACCCCAUCGAGCCCAGCGUCUUCACGCUUGCGUCCGAGGACCAGAACUUGUACACUUUUGACAUCCGCAACAUGAAGAGCGCAACACAGAUCUACAAGGACCACGUAAGCGCGGUAAUGAGCGUAGCCUACUCCCCCACGGGGCAGGACCUUGUAUCGGGCAGCUACGAUCGUACCGUCAGGCUGUGGAGCGUAGGGAGGGGCAAUCGCUCGCGGGACGUAUACCACACUUCGCGCAUGCAGCGCGUCUUCUCGACCGCUUGGACGGGGGAUGCCCGCUUCGUCCUCUCCGGUAGUGAUGAUGGUAAUGUUCGACUAUGGAAAUCACAGGCGAGCGAGAAGCUGGGCGUCAUCUCCACUAAAGAGCUCAAAGCCGCCGAAUAUCGGGAAGCCCUCAAGAAGAAGUGGGGUGGGACGGCUACUACCCCUUCUGGGGGUGGAGUGGGGGAGAUUACGCGCAUCGCGAAACAGAGGAGGGUACCCAAGGCUAUCAAGGGGGCACAAGGGUUGAAGAGGACUAUGGAGAAGGCGCAGAGGGUGAAAGGGGAGAGGAGGAGGAAGCAUACAAGGGAGGGGGAGAGGAAGCCUCAGAGUGCAAGGAAGAAGGCGAUUGUGGGGGAGAAGAAGUAG